AUGGAACUGCGGCCACUGGCGACCAACGUGGACGGCAGCGACGACACGACGCUCGACGAGGAGACCACCACGCGCCGCCUGCACAAGAGACCAACCACGGUAUGCUACAAGGUCGCCGCCGCGCUGUGUCUCCUGCUCACCAUCACCCUCCUCGUCCUCGCGUCCCGAGCGCUCGGAAUCGUCGGCAGCCUCCGCCAGCCGUAUGCCAAGCUCUACGCCGCAGGCAACGAGCCCCAGACCGGGGUGUGGAACCCCACAGCGGCCGAGCCGCUCAAGGUCAAAUUGACGCUACAGCUGUCCGUGUUCAACCCGACAAAGGAAAAGCUCUACAUGAUCCGGGAGUCGAUCAUGGGCAUGGCCUACAGCUAUGAGAACAGCGUGCGAGCCGUGCAGGCCAAGCACGACUUGUGGGAGUUUUCCAAUGGCCUCUUUGGCUUCCCAUCGGAAACGGCGGGCACAUGGCGCCGGGUUGUUUUUGUGGUGUUGCACAAGACGCUGGCCGUCUUCGUGGCCCUGUUGACCGUCUUAUACUGGUACACUCGCCGCACGGCAGCUGGUAUCAGCCACGCAGGCAUCUGGAUCCGGGUGUUGGUCGUGGUGCCCAAGUCGAUCCACUACGUCGUGACCGGGUUUUUCCACCGGUAUCCUCUUUAUGGGUUUGGCGCACACCUCGUAUUGGUCCUCAUGGUCGUCGUGCUGUGUGCAUCUGAAAUGUUCCAGCUUCGCCUCGUCGCCCCCAUCGGCUUGCGCGCUACAGGCUGGGGGAUACAGUUUACGGGUUCGUCCGCAAAGGCCGCGCACACCCACACGGCAAACGACGCCCGCCACGAGGUCGAGAUCGAUGCCAACCUCCGGAUGAAGGUGUCCUGGCCCAUGCGCAGGUGGACACACAGGGAGCGCGACAGCAUGCGCCUCGAGCCCUUGGUGCAGACGCUGGCCAUCACUGGUGCCACAUACCUCGCGUGCUUCAUCUUCUUCUACGCGUGCCGCGGCUGGAUCAUCCGCCCGCGUCUACCACUAGACCCCGACCCGACCACGCAAGACUUUCUCGCCAAAUCCGCAAAGGCCAUCGGCUGGUCCGGGUUCGCCGCUGCCACCCUCUUGCAGCUGCGCAUGAACCGCCGCGCGGCGUCGUUUGCGGGCACGUACGCGCUCGUGGCGUACUUGCAGGUGGGGAUCGAGGUGUGCAACGUCCUGUACCAUUUCCCGGCUGUCAUGGGCCCGCACUAUGUCUCGAACGGGCUGUCCGUCUUUGAGGCGUCCCGCGGCGUGUUUUCGCUGGCCGUCUUGUACCAGGCUGUGCGGUUGCCAAAGGUCGUGCAGAACAUGCCGGACGAUGACGAGUGA